AGGUUUAACACAACUAGUGACUGAAACACUUGAAGAAUAAAACUUGAGAGCACAGGUAGUCCAGCUCAUGGGCACAUUAACAUUAUGCUGCAGCUCCAACUGAUUGGCUGUUUUUGAAGAAAGGUAAAUCAAACGUCACAUGAUCACCAGGCGCUGCCUUCCGCUGAGAGCUGCUGCCAGAUAAUCGCUCCCUGCAGGACUCAGAUGUGGAGCGAACGUUACAGGUGGAGCAGAGUGUCGAGCCGGAUCCAGGACCAGAAACACAGCAGCAGUCUCAACGGUCUCUGCAGAUCCCGACAGCCUGUCCCGAUGUUUUUAUGUCUCUCUUAGAGGUGGGCACUGUUAAGAUGAUCGCCUCCAGCAUCCCUCACCAGUAGCUGGGCAGCAUGGCUUCUGCUCCUCCUUCCAGAGAAGACACCAGUCGCUCAUUAGCACUGCACUGGAGGCUAACACCGACAUAGAUACUCACCACGCUGGACGCCGACUUCAAACUGAACCGAAGCAGGCUGAGCUGCACCCCACAGGCCUGGUUAAACAUACUUAUGAACUGCCUUCAGAGGAUGACUUGUGCCAGGGCGGCACAUGUCCAGGACAGUGACGUCACCACAGUGUAACAACAGCGACAUCUGGACUGAGACCGUGGACCAUGCUCUGUCUCUGAUCGGGUGCUUUGGUGGCAGAGCUGGACUGUGCAGCUCUUCCACACUAAGACAAACCUGGACUCUGAGCCAUGUCUCUUCUCUCAGCCCUGAGCAUCGUCUGUGGAUUGAUGCUCCAUGUUUCAUUUAGUGCGCUCAGCAAUCACUACUGUGUUCCCCGAAUGACCGUCCCCUACCAGAACGAGCUGAAGUUGUUCAGAGAAGAGGGGAUCUUCAACUACUCCACUAUGCUAAUGAGAGAUGACCUGGGCGUGCUGCUGCUGGGAGCCAGAGAGGCCAUUUACGCUCUGGACAUCAACAACGUCUCUGUCAGGAAGGAUGUGGUGUAUUGGCGAGUUACCGAGGAGAAGCAGAGGGAGUGCAAGUACAAAGGAAAACAUGCCGAGGUGGAAUGCCGUAACUACAUUCGGACCCUGCACAAAAUGAACGAGACUACAAUGUAUGUCUGUGGCACCAAUGCCUUUAGCCCCGCCUGUGAUUACAUGACGUUUGUUAAUGGACAGCUGAGGCUGAAGGGAAAGCAGCAGGAGGAGGGAAAGGGGAAGUGUCCUUUUGAUCCCUUCCAGAGAUACUCCUCCCUCAUGGUGGGAAAUGACCUGUAUUCUGCUACAUCCAUCAACUUCUUGGGCUCUGAGCCGGUGGUUCUGCGCAGCUCAGACUUGGCUCUCCGCACUGAGUUUAAGAGCUCCUGGCUCAGCGAGCCAAACUUUAUCUACAUGGACUAUGUGGCUGAGAGCGUUAAUAGUCCUGAUGGUGACGAUGACAAGGUGUACAUGUUCUUCAGUGAGAAUGCCAUGGAGUACGACUUCUACAGCAAAGUUGCAGUGUCGCGAGUGGCCCGUGUCUGCAAGGGGGAUAUGGGCGGCCAGCGGACGCUGCAGAGGAAAUGGACGUCGUUCCUGAAAGCUCGUCUGGAUUGUUCCCUCCCUGAACCCAGCCUGCCCCCCAUUGUCCAGGAUGUCUUCCUGCUGAAAGACGAUGACUGGAGGAAGAGUGUCUUCUACGCUGUCUUUACUCCGCAAUCGAGCUUGUCCCAGGUGUCGGCAGUAUGUGCGUACACUGUGUCCUCCAUUCGAGAUAUUUUCAAUGAGGGCAAGUUUAAGACACCUGUCGCCGUGGAGACAUCUCACGUCAAGUGGGUGAUGUACACUGGAGACGUGCCUGUACCCAGACCAGGAGCGUGCAUCAAUAAUGUGGCACGUAAAAUGGGAAUGAAUCGCUCGCUGGACCUUCCUGACAAAACCCUCCAGUUCAUCAGGGACCGUCCCCUCAUGGACGAGGCUGUGCGCCCGCAGACAGGAGGGCCGCUGCUGGUCAAGAAGGGAGCUUUGUUGACUCGGAUUGUCGUGGACAGUGUUUCGGCGCUGGAUGGAAAGACACAUGCCGUCAUGUUCAUUGGCACUGAAAACGGUUACGUUCAGAAGGCUGUCAACUACGAUGGAGAGAUGUUCAUCAUUGAGGAAAUUCAACUGUAUGAAAACCCCGUGCCUAUUAGCAUCCUGCGCCUCUCAUCCAGCAAGGGCCAACUGUAUGCAGGCUCAGAGUUUGGUGCCGUCCAGAUGCCGGUCAGUAACUGCAGCCGCUAUGAUCUUUGUGUGGACUGUGUCCUGGCCAGAGAUCCUUACUGUGCCUGGGACUUCACCACCGAGAAGUGCUCCUCAGUCCGCAGCUUAUCGUCCUCCUCACAUGCUGCAUUACAGAGUCUGAAGGAAGGAGACAUCUCACAAUGUCCACAGCCAGAUCCAGUAGCAGCUGUGGACUUUACCCUAGUUCCAGGGAACAACAUCCAGCUGCCUUGCCAGCUCCACUCCAACUUGGCACAGGUCCUGUGGCGUUUCUCUGACCAAACACUUCACUCCAACAGCAAAUAUUACAUCUACAGUGGGGGCCUCCUCAUCCUGAGUGCCUCUGAGUCAGACGCUGGUUUGUACACCUGCGACUCAGUAGAGCCGAUCAACAGCAAAACAUACAACCGGACUGUGGCGGUUUAUCAGUUACAGCUCCACUCUGGCCCAGGAGAAGGGGACAGUGCUACUCCUGGCAACGAGGUGGCAAAUUCCUCAGACUCUAUUCACGGUCUGAACACAGCUGCACCAGGGCUGGAGCCAAACCUGGACAGCAAGGACCCAUUGUCCCACGAGGAUCCUUUGUCCCCUGAGACCCAAAGUGACACCAGCAGGGUAACUCAUUUAGAGGUGGCUGUGGCUCUGCUGUCGCUGCUUUGUCUCUCCCUGAUGGGGGUCAUAUUUUGGAUCUGGGGUCAGGGACGCUGGGAGUGCUUCAAGUUUGCGCAGCGCAGCAGUGACAGCGAGGGGAAAAGGCAGUCAGCCGAAUACAUGCACAUCCAGAACCGAACUUCAGAGAUAAAGUUCCUGGGGCCUGUGUCUGGAAGACCAUGCAGUGCCAAUAAUAAUCACUCUGCUGUUGACUUCAAAGGGAACGGGGAGCACCACUUCACACCUAUGGCCAACAUUUCAAGUCUGGAUGGUCUGGGAUACAUAAAUGAUGAGUCAGAGAUCUGACUCCGCUGAGGUAUAGAAUUCAGUCCGAGGCCGUCAGCAGUGCACUACUCAUUUUCCCAUAGGUGUGCCCCUGUAGAAAAGCUUUUCCCAUUAUAAAUUCUUUUGAUUGGUGUCCUGUUUCUCCUUGCCAAUCUCCAGCACUGUCUAUCAUUUCUGGUCUCCGACUGGGCAGCUGAUGUUCACCGAAGAGACUUUACUGGUGGAAUUUCCACUCCAGGAAAAAGUUGGAGAGUCAUUUUUUAUACAUGUAUUUUUUGUAUAAUGAUAAAUUGUGUGUAAUAUAUUGUGUACAGGCGAGAGCUUUUUUCCAACUUCUAUUUAUUUGUUGCAAUGAAGUUUUUAUUUCAGCAAAUUAUAACACCUGUGAUCUAAGUCUUGUAAAUAGGGUCAGCAACACUGAACAAGUAGCAAACACUCUGACCUCUGAUUCCCAGGCACAUUUCAUUUUAUGGACUGCGUUCUGUUAAUGAUUGAUCAACAGCCUGCACUACUACUUAUUUCCGGGAUGCUGUAAAAAUGGACAACAGAUUUACGUCUGCAUUCAAGGGGAGACACUACAGGUGAAUAGGGUAAAACUUUUAACUGGAAGGUAUGACCAUGAAACUUUCCCAGCUGUGUGUUAUUAAAUGUGCUCUUUUUACAUACAUUUUCAUAACAGAAAUCUGAACAUUGGAUAAAGUUAUGUUUAAAAUUGUUGUUUCUUUUUUUGACAAAUUCAAAUAUUUUACAGUGAGAAUUUUGCAUGUAAAUGAAAAUACUGUCAACAGCCAUAAAAAAAGACAUUUUCACCAUGUUUUAGGCAUAAAAGGUUACAAAAAUCAGGCUAUGAAUGAUAUGUGAACAAUUCCCUCUGUAAAAAAAUUCCAAAUAUCCUCCUGAGACCCUGUGUCCUCAUUUGAGGACACUACAUUUUGGGUAUACUGGACCUUAUACUUCAUUCUGCUUACUUAAGACCUGUUGUCCUCGUUCAUGGACACUUUUUGUGCCCUCUAGUGGCAGCAAAAACACAUUACACUAAUACAUGUAAAAACAAGAUGGCAGCCAUCUCUGCCAAGUCAGUCUGCGGCCGACCCCAACACAAAAGUGGACACGGUACGAAACCUGAUUGAAUUUAAUGGUUGAAACUUAUGAUUUAAAAACAAGUGUAGUUUGAUACACACAUUUUUUAAUACUUUGCCAUACAAACAAUUUUAUCAUCGGUAACAAGCUAAGACCUUGUUAAUCAGAUAGUACUAGUUCGAAGACAUUGGGACUUUAUUAUCGUUGACAAUGUUUGUUUUUUAAUACUUAUCAGAUCCUACUAAUCCCAAAUAGCUAACUAAAUAGCUAGUAACAGUUCGGGUCUCAGGAGGCUAUAGACAGGAAUAAAACUGGAAAGUGUUGUAUGUGAGUGCUACUGAAGUGGUUGGCUCAAAGAAUGAAGAAAAACUCGUUUUGAGAAAAAGGCCAUAAAAGACAUGUAUCAUAAAAUUCCAUCUAUUUUUAGACAACAAAUAAAGACACUAGAGGUGAACAGGGUAAACAAUUUAACUAAGAGAUAUCACCAUUAAAAUUCCCCAGUUGAUUAUUUACAUACAAGGAACUUUGUAGGAUUUAGUGGCACCUAGUGGUGACGAUUAGAGACUGCAACUAGCUGAAACUUCUCCCAUGUGCCAAGCAUAAACUCCCGGUUAGGAUUUAUUCAGUGUUCAUUGUUCAGGAGGUUUUUACAGUGAGCCAAAUUAUCCACAAACAAAUGAACCAGGUGAUUAAACCAGUAAAAACACUUCAUAAAGCAGUCUGACGUUAGAAAUAAGUGUUUCUCUGACGCAGUUUGGCAUGUUGGAAAUGGGCUGCUAACCUAGCACCUGCUAAUUUGCGCUGACCUUAUUUCUCUAACUUAAGAUUUAGACCUCAGCCCCUUUUCCACCAACAUUUCCAGGAACCUUCAUUACCAGGAAUUUAAAUACCUGGGUAAAAGUAAAGUAAGAUAAGUGUCAGGCAGAGAUCAGCACCGGCACAAAAGAACCAAUACCGUUAGUGCUUAUCAAUACUACAGUCUCUGAUAAUUUAGCCCCAGGGCUAAUUUAGUACCGGGUUUCGGUACCCAUCCUUAAUCAAAACACAAACAAAGUGAAGCUUGUAGAAAUGAAAUAAAGUUUUUAGUGGCUGUCCGUGCCAGGAAGUGCGGAACGCUGCAAGUAUGUGUUCCACCAAUCAGUGUUCUUCGGCAAACAGCCCCGCCCCUCAAGAAUUCCGGGUAAUCUGAAAAGUCCUACCUCCCUACUAGGUACUUUUUCCAGGGUAAAUUUGGGGUUGAGGCAAAGUUUUUUACCAGGGUAAUUUUGGUGGAAAUACGCAGAGGUUUUUCAAAAUUCCAGGUAAAUGAUAAAAGUUCCUGCAGUGGAAAAGGGGCUAUUCAUAAGGUUUUUACCAGGAGCAGACUUCUCUGCAGAGGUCUCCUCCUCUCCAAACAAACAGACCUGGUGAUUUAUAGCCAUAAAAACACAGAAUGAAGCAGUUUCUCCUUAAAAAUCUGUUUUUCUCCGAUGCUGUUUGGCAUGUUAGGGAACGGAGCCAACUACUGCUGACGUUAGCUGAGUUUAUUUCUCUGAUAAGUUGAGAUUCAGAUGUCCAAUGACUAAAAUCCUUCGUCUGGGUAAAAGACAUAUUUCACUAUCACGUUAAAAGUCUAAUUAAAUAUGCACUUGCAUAUGCAUACAUUUCCAGAACAGCAUCUGAACUAAAAUAAACACCCAAAUAUGUAUUUAGGUUAUUUUCUUUCCAAUAGUCUGAAAGAAGACGUGAUGGAAGCAAAAUGGCCCAAAAUCUUAAAAUUGUCUAGAAAAGAAAAAGAAAAAAAUCCACCUGCUGUGUCUCCCCUAAAGAAUAUGCCACUCUUAGGUGAUAUAUAGAGUGAACUCUGUAACAUAAGGUUUUUCCACUCCAGUAAAUGUCAUAUACCCUCACUGAGAUUGAAUAAGCGUGUCACUGGGAUGUGGAAGUGUGGCUGUCAGUGAAUCAUCUCUUUGAAUCAGAGUCACAGCUCAGAUAAGAAUUUCGGUUUUUGGUGUCAAACUUUGGAAAAUGCAGUCCUUCUUGAUAAUAAAAAACUUUAUUGGGAGUUUGA